UGGCUGUAACUGCGUGUGCGUGUGAGUGAGAGCGGGGGCGGCGCGUGUGUGAGUGCGAGCGGGAGAGCAAGACGAAGACGUGUUCUUUUCGGCCAAGCAGAAAGCAAAUAAUUGUUUUAUCAGAGAAAAACAAAAAAAUUCCCAGUAAGUGUCGCGAUAAAAACACGACAAUCGCAUUGCAGCCGUCGCAGAAGCGAAGAAUCGGCCUCAGCUGACCGGAAAGUUAACGUUGCGACGUGGAAAAUCACGAAAUCAUCAGCGAAUCAACAGAAUUUCAACAGAAUGUGUGGCAUAUUCGCUUACCUAAACUACUUGACGCCGAAGUCGCGACAGGAAGUCUUGGAUUUCCUGCUGCAGGGCUUGAAGAGAUUGGAGUACCGCGGCUACGCCACGGGCAUAGCCAUCGAUGCCCUGAAUGCCGGGGAGGGGGAGUCCUCCAUUCUGCUGGUCAAGCGGACCGGGAAGGUGAAGGUCCUGGAGGAUGCGGUGGCGGAGGUGUGCCUGGGCCAGGACUACUCCAUGCCUAUAGACACUCACAUUGGCAUUGCCCACACGCGCUGGGCCACCCACGGUGUGCCCUCCGUCAACUCACAUCCCCAGCGAUCCGAUGAGGACAACAGCUUCGUUGUGGUCCACAAUGGCAUUAUCACGAACUACAAGGAUGUCAAGACGCUGCUGGAGAAGCGGGGCUAUGUCUUUGAAUCCGACACGGACACGGAGGUGAUAGCCAAGCUCGUCCACCACCUGUGGCAGCAGCAUCCUGGCUACACCUUCGGCGAGCUUGUGGAGCAGGCCAUCCAACAGCUGGAGGGCGCCUUUGCCAUUGUUAAGUCCAAGCACUUCCCGGGCGAGUGUGUUGCCUCCAGAAGAGGUUCCCCACUCCUGGUGGGCAUCAAGGCCAAGACCAAGCUGGACGAUCACAUACCCAUUCUGUAUGCCAGCCACCGGCCACAUGGCCAGCCGCAGCAGCAGGCCUUCCAAGUACUUCGCGGCGACUGCAAAGCGGAGUUUCAGCCUUUGGAGCGCAAGGAAGUGGAGUACUUCUUUGCCUCGGAUGCCUCGGCUGUGAUAGAGCACACAAACAGGGUGAUUUACCUGGAGGACGACGAUGUCGCGGCCGUUAAAAACGAUGGCACGCUCAGUAUCAUCGCUAAACAAAUCUCUGACGAUCCACAUGCCAGGGAGAUCCUCACCUGAAGAUGGAGUCCAGCAAUCAUGAAGGGCAACUACGACUACUUCAUGCUCAAGGAGAUCUUCGAGCAGCCGGAAUCGGUGGUCAAUACCAUGCGUGGCAGGAUGAGGUUCGAUACGCAGACCGUGGUCCUGGGUGGCAUUAAGGAGUACAUACUGGAGAUCAAGCGUUGUCGCCGCUUGAUGCUGAUAGCCUGUGGCACUUCCUAUCACAGUGCAGUGGCCACCAGGCAGCUGCUGGAGGAGCUCACCGAACUCCCGGUAAUGGUGGAGCUGGCCUCCGACUUUCUGGACAGGAAUACGCUCUUCAGGGAUGAUGUGUGCUUCUUUAUCUCCCAUCGGGAGAGACGCGGAUACUCUGAUGGCCUGAGGUACUGCAAACAGCGAGGAGCCCUCAUCGUGGGCGUGACCAACACGGUGGGCAGUAGCAUCUGCCGGGAGUCGCACUGUGGCGUCCACAUCAACGCUGGACCCGAGAUCGGUGUGGCCUCCACGAAGGCCUACACUCAGUUCAUUUCGCUGGUUAUGUUUGCUCUGGUCAUGUGAGAUCGUCUGUCGCUGCAGCAGCGGCGUCUGGAGAUCAUCGAUGGCCUGUCGCAGCUGGACAAGCACAUCAGGACCGUCUUGGAGCUGAACUCGCAGGUGCAGGAGCUGGCCAAGGAGCUGUACCAGCACAAGUCGUUGCUCAUCAUGGGCAGGGGUUUCAAUUUCGCCACCUGUUUGGAGGGAGCACUGAAAGUCAAAGAGCUGACCUAUAUGCACAGCGAGGGAACUGCUGGAGAAUUGAAGCAUGGACCCCUGGCCCUCGUGGACGACGAGAUGCCGGUGCUGAUGAUCGUCCUGCGGGAUCCGGUGUACACCAAGUGCAUGAAUGCCCUGCAGCAGGUCACGUCCCGCAAGGGCAGGCCGAUCCUGAUCUGCGAGGAGGGCGACAACGAGACGAUGUCCUUCUCCACGCGAUCGCUUCAGAUCCCCAGGACCGUGGACUGCCUUCAGGGCGUGCUCACGGUCAUUCUCCAGCUGCUGUCCUAUCACAUCGCCGUGCUCCGCGGCUGCGACGUGGACUGCCCCAGGAAUCUGGCCAAGUCGGUGACGGUGGAGUAGGCAACCACAAAUGUCUGGCUUGGCCGCAUCAAGAAUUCCAUUUUAGUAUCUGCCUGAAAAUAACAAACCCUAGGAUUAAGUUGAAAUCUUUGGUAUUUUCGCGGUUUGAAAACAGAAAACAAUUACAAUUAACCCGCUGUGCCCCUUCCGGUGGAAGCCGGUUCUGUUAACCCCCCGCAUUUUAUAGUCUGUACUGACCCCUUGUGUUGUGAAACUAUUACUUUUUGUGAAUGUGCAAUUGAAAUAUAAAUAUUUCCAGAUUUUCUCUAAAAU